AGGACUGCGUCGAUUUCGCAACGCAGAUCCGUCACGCGAUGCCGCUCGUCUGCCAGCUCCUCGGCUCGCGAAGCUCCACCGAUGUCCUCGAGGCGAUCGAAUUCUUCGCGACGGCCGCGGAGUUCCACGUGAGCGGGGCCGUCGUCGGCGUGCGCCGCGCUCUCGUGCUCGUCUGGUCGAAGGAGCAGCCGAUCAGGGAGGCGCUGUCGGCCGCCUACAGACGCCUCUACCUGGAGACGGGCGACGAUGAUGCGGGCGCCGCGGGCAAUCAACGGGCGCAAACUUUAACCGUGGUGAAAAACUUAACAGCUCUAAUAGAUGGAGCCACACUGGCUGAGUUGACAUCGUUGGAGCAACUG